AGAACCUGACUACCCAGGUCCAAGGAUGACUUUGAACCUAUCACUUUUCAAAUCUUGUUUCCUCAUCUGUGAAAUGGAGAAGGAUAGCAGUACCUCGUACCUGACGGUUGUGUUUAGGGCGUAGUGAGUGCUCAGCAGCUGUUCUAUCACCACCCCUCAGGUGGCCUGGACCACUUUGAGAAACAGCAUCUCAAGCAUCUUACGGCUUUCUGAAAGUCCUAAGCCACGCCCUCAGGUGCUAGAAGCUCCGAGAGGCACCUCCACCUGUGCUCAUGACCACCAGGCCCAGAGGGCUGCAAUUAGAGCCACAGCCAAGUCCAGCUCUUCCCUGCUGCAGCCCCUCUGUGCCCUGGUUUUCUGGGAGUCCUGCGCAGAGCACAAGGAGGGAAGGAAUCUGCUCAGGGAGCGUUUGUUUUCUCGUGAGGAGGCUAUGAAUUACAUGUGGUGGAUGGAAAAGCAUGUUUUGUAGUUUUCUGACUUCCUGCCUCUGUGCCUGUGUGGAACGCAAUGCCGCGUGGAAGGGAUACAGUCCUUUUUUAAGCUCACUCUCCCUGGGCGUGUCCUUCACAGACUUUGGGAGGCAGCAGUGCUUUCCUGGGAUUUGGUGACUGGCUGAAGAAAUGGAAAUUGGAAGGACUUUACUUGAUCCGGGUCCCGUGCUUUUCUGUCCCCACCUGCCCCGUAGCUCCCUUUCUCCUUCCAAGAAGCAUCUUCACUCCUUGUGUGUCCAUUUCCCUACUAGGGGAAGAGGCAGCCAGGAUGCUGCAGCUGUUGUGGUUCUGAAGGAUGAGCUUGCCCUCUGCCCUGGGAGUACAGCCCUGCCGUUUAGAUGCAGGGACUCCUGAUCUGCUCCUCCAGUCAUGUCAGUGGCCAGACUGAUAUUUCUAACCAGAGAUCUGAUCUGUCACCUCUGUCCUCGGGGGAUGAAGCACACCUCCUGAGCUUGGCACCAGAGACCCUUCACACCUCCACAGCAUCACCACCCCAACCCCGGCAGCGCUGGGCUCAGGCUGGAACAUUCUUCAUGGCCUCUGCCAUUCCCUCCCACCUGGGAAAAUCUGUCUCCAUCAGAUGAUGUUAUCUUCUCCAGAAAACGCCCCUGAUCUCUGAGUUUCAGUCCCUUCUUGGUGCUUCUGUACCUCUUGGCACUUUCGGAGGUAGGGUCAUGCUCACAUUCAUGGCCUCUGACAGCGAGGAAGAAGUGUGUGACGAGCGGACGUCCCUGAUGUCAGCCGAGAGCCCCAUGCCGCGCUCCUGCCAGGAAGGCAGGCAGGGCCUGGAGAACGGAGAGGGUGCCGCCCAGUGGAGAGGCCAGGAGAGCGAGGAGGACCACGAGGAGGACCCCGACCGCUACGUCUGCAGCGGGGUCCCCGGGCGGCCACCAGGCCUGGAGGAGGAGCUGACCCUCAAAUAUGGGGCAAAGCACGUGAUCAUGCUGUUUGUGCCUGUCACGCUGUGCAUGAUCGUGGUGGUGGCCACCAUCAAGUCCGUGCGCUUCUACACGGAGAAGAAUGGACAGCUCAUCUACACACCUUUCACCGAGGACACGUCUUCGGUGGGCCAGCGCUUCCUCAACUCCGUGCUCAACACCCUCAUCAUGAUCAGCGUCAUUGUCAUCAUGACCAUCUUCCUGGUCGUGCUCUACAAGUACCGCUGCUACAAGUUCAUCCACGGCUGGCUGAUCAUGUCCUCCCUGAUGCUGCUGUUCCUCUUCACCUACAUCUACCUUGGGGAAGUGCUCAAGACCUACAAUGUGGCCAUGGACUACCCCACCCUGUUGCUGACCGUCUGGAACUUCGGGGCAGUGGGCAUGGUGUGCAUCCACUGGAAGGGCCCCUUGGUGCUGCAGCAGGCCUAUCUCAUCAUGAUCAGCGCUCUCAUGGCGUUGGUGUUCAUCAAGUACCUCCCAGAGUGGUCUGCGUGGGUCAUCCUGGGCGCCAUCUCUGUGUACGAUCUUGUGGCUGUGCUGUGCCCCAAAGGGCCGCUGAGAAUGCUGGUAGAAACUGCCCAGGAGAGAAACGAGCCCAUAUUUCCUGCCCUGAUAUAUUCAUCUGCCAUGGUGUGGACAGUGGGCAUGGCCAAGUUGGACCCCUCCUCUCAGGGAGCCCUUCAGCUCCCCUACGACCCAGAGAUGGAAGAGGACUCCUAUGACAGUUUGGGGGAGCCCUCGUACCCUGAAGUCUUUGAGCCCCCGCUGCCUGGCUACCCGGGGGAGGAGCUGGAGGAGGAGGAGGAAAGGGGCGUGAAGCUCGGCCUCGGAGACUUCAUCUUCUACAGCGUGCUGGUGGGCAAGGCGGCAGCCACGGGCAGUGGGGACUGGAACACCACGCUGGCCUGCUUUGUGGCCAUCCUCAUCGGUUUGUGCCUGACCCUUCUGCUGCUCGCCGUGUUCAAGAAGGCGUUGCCUGCCCUCCCCAUCUCCAUCACGUUCGGGCUCAUCUUCUACUUCUCCACAGACAACCUGGUGCGGCCUUUCAUGGACACCCUGGCCUCCCAUCAGCUCUGCAUCUGAGGGGAGGCCCGGGCACCGUGGCCUGGAAGCUGGAAUAAAUGGUAACUGGAUGCAGUUGUACAGUUUUACACUCUAGUGCCAUAUCUUUUUAAGACUUUUCCUUCCUGAAAAAACGAGAGAAUAAAAAAGUGUUGCAUUUACUUUGCAAAGAGGAAGGACCAGCUGUUUGGUGCCGGUUGUUUUGUCACCGGGCCGUGGCUCACCCCUUCGUGAGCACUUGCUUCACCAACAGGAGACGCGGGAAGUCGGUCCAGAGGAGCUGAGGGAGGUUCUGAGACGUGGGAGGGGCUUGGGGAAGGCCCCUGCUCUCGCCCCCCCCCCCCGCAGCCUGGAGUCCUCUGAGGGCCCAGCCGGAGGACAGGGUGCGUAUGUUCGGGACCGGGAGGUCACCCCUGGGACGGCAUGUAGCGCCUGGUCGCUCUGGCCGGAGAGGAAAAGCCAAUUUGCUCUGCGAGGAAUGUUCCCAACGCUUUGUCUAUGAUGUUGUCAUCAUUUUAUUACCUUUAGAGUCCUUGUUAACAGCAGUUACUGCUGGCAAGUGUCUUAAUAUCAAUAAAUAGACGAAUCCUGUUGCAGUGUUGGGGUUUGGUCUGUUCCUCAGCGUGGGCCCCUCUCCCGGCAUCCUGGGAUAACGUGCUCUGGGCACGAAAGGGAAGAGAUUUGCCUCGUUGUGAGGAGAGAGGCUUAACUGCCCCCCUCUCUGCGAUCGUUUCUUUAACUAGGUUUCCUAAGCAGGGGCACUCACAGACUCCCGAGGCCCACUGUCUGACAGCUGGGCGGGUGCCUGGCUGGCUGUCUUCAGAAAUGCUGCAAGGCCGUUACCAAAACACGGAGCGAGAGAGCAGGGCUGGUCCCCAACAGAAGCAGCCCAGCAAGGGCCAGGUGGGAGCCCAGGUACCCGCUCUCCCUUCCUUCUAUGGCCAUGUCUCUGGGCACUGCGGGGGGGUGGGAGGUGGGCAGAUCGGUUUUUCCUUUGUUUCUCUACAUAUUUCAUGGGCUGCAAAAAGAACCUCAGCCUCCAGACCGGAAUUUGAGCCCCUUGAGGCCUUGCAGAGCAGGCCACUGGGCCCACGGGGAGCGCAGCUGUCAGACACCCGAGAAAUGCAGGAGCCGUGGAGCCUGCUGGGUAUCACAAGGAGAUGAAAGAAAUGUGUACUUUGGUGUUUGACUUAGCUUCUUUUUCCCCUGGGCUGUUUGUAGAAGAGCCGAGGGAGGCAGGUGUAGAAGCCGGCUUGGCCUGGGGGUGGCAGUUCAAUCUGGACAGCUGUCACUGGCUUGUGACUGACUCGCGGGUGACACCCAGGGUGGUGGCGUCGCAGCCUUGAAAGCCAAAGGUAGGGAGAAUUUUAAGAUGAUGAGAGCUAGGCCGUGAUAGUAAAAGCUCCCUGGAGGUUAAAGGGGAAGAAAAACUGGGAAAAACUCAUUUAGUUUGGCAAGUAGGGCAACGUUUAUCUUUGAAAGAGGGGUCUCAGGGUGGGGCUUCCAAAGAGGAGAUCUGACAAGUGUUUUGACUUGUUAGGCUUAAAAGGCCUUUGUCAAAGGCCUGACCAGGGUGCUGGGGGUGGAGCCUCAUUUAGAGGUAAAAGCAGAAGGUAGAGAUGGACAGUGAGGGGAGGAGAGGUGAACGGUGCCCUGAUGAGGUGUUAAGAUUAAUAUGAAGACUGGGAAGGAACAAAUGUGAGAAGGCAAAAGGGCAAGAGCCACUGGUGAGAAAACAAAGAUGCUUGAGGAGACUCUACAUGCGGAAGCGUGGUCCCCGAGUUGCUGGGAGACUGGGGGACCCAGCACCCAAGUGGAGGAGAGGAAAAAAGAGGAUGAAAAAAG